AUGUGUCUCUUCUCUAAAACCAACCAGGAAAUAGAAAUUCCGAAGGAAGAAAAGCCCAAACCCGUUGUCGAGGAAAUCGCGGAGAGGACGGAAGUAGUGGAGAAAGUAUCCGAAGAUUUAGGUCAAAAUAUCACAGAAGCGGAUGAGAAACCAAACAGUGUUUUGGACUAUGUAGGUGACUUGCCAGGCUGCAAAGAACAACAAGAAGCACAGAAGACCUGUGAAAGCAACGACCAGGAAAGAAGAAUAGAAGCUGUGGAGACACCAGAGAAACCUGUUGAGAUAAUCCAGGAAACAAAUAUACCAAGCGCUGAAUACCCUGACCCUGAUAUCAUGGAAAGAUUGGCGACAAUGGAUAUUCAGGAGAUAAUAUCCUAUUAUUUAGAAGAUUACUUCUUCAAGCAAACUACGGACACUGAAAGAAUCAUUGACGCAGACCGUGAUACCGAUACUCAGAAAACUGAAUAUCCUGUCCCUGCCAUUGAGGAAAGUCUUCAGAACAGGGAACCUGUGAAGAAAGAAUCCACUGAGUUAGCUGUUCCCAUAAAAGAUGCAGUCGGUGAUACAGACAGUGGAUCAGAGAGUGAAUCAGACAGUGAAUCAGAGAGUGACAACAAACCUAAGUUUCGACAUAUGUCACUGAUACUAGCAGACCGACACAUAUAUUUUAAAGCCAAGUUGGAAAAGGCAAUUCGGGUAAGUGAUAUAUUAUUACUCUCAAUUGGUUGUUUCAGAUCCCAGCCUAUUGGGAGUAGCAGUUUAACAAAGGCUAAAUAAAUGCUGAUAUUGAGC